ACGGCACAUUCCCUCUCUCUCUCUCUCUCUCCCCUUCUUUCUCUCUCCCCUUCCCUCUCUCUACCUGUUCCUCAGAGAGUUUCCCGGAAAAUAAGAAAGAAAAGAAAGCCCAAAAGAAAAAAAAAAUCUGUUCUUUUGGAUAUAAGGAAUGGUGGUGAAGAUGAUGAGGUGGCGACCCUGGCCGCCGCUGCCGACGAGGAAGUACGAGGCGAGGCUGGUGGUGCGGCGGCUGGAAGGCUGCGAUCUGGUGCGGGAGGCCUCAGGUGGAGCCGGAGCCGCCUCGCCGGAGCUCGGGAAGAUGACCGUCGAGAUUCGCUGGAAGGGACCGAAGACAACGGCCCUCAGCUCACUCCGGCGACCGGCCGUCAAGAGGAACUUCACCAGAGAGGUCGACGCCCAAAACGGCGUCGUCGAUUGGGACGAGGAGUUUCAUAGCCUCUGCUGUAUUUCCUCCUAUAAGGUUAACAAGGACAAUGUGUUUCAUCCGUGGGAGAUCGCCUUCACUGUCUUUAAUGGUUUGAAUCAAGGGUCAAAGAAUAAGAUUCCCAUUGUUGGUACAGCAUUUGUGAAUCUUGCUGAAUUUGUUUCGGAAGCUGAACACAAAGAGCUCGAAUUAAGCAUCCCCCUUGCAUCUUAUGGUGGUUCUGCCGAGCCUCGUCCCACUCUCUGUUUAUCACUUAGCUUAGUGGAACUAAGAACUGCACAGGAGACUGUGGAGCCAGUACAAAGAUCAAUUGUGCCUGCUCCUUCACCUCCUCCAUCGGCGGAAGCUGUUUCUACGGAGAAAGAUGAGGUUUCAGCACUUAAAGCUGGUCUGAGAAAAGUAAAAAUUUUUACAGGGUAUGUCUCUUCCAGAAAAGCCAAAAAGGCUUGUCGUGAAGAGGAUGGUAGUGAAGGCAGGUGCUCUGCGAAAAGUGAUGGAGAGUAUAACUACCCAUUUGACUCAGAUUCCCUUGAUGAUUUUGAGGAAGGCGAAUCAGACGAGGGAAAAGGGGAUGCGAGUGUUAGGAAUUCAUUCAGCUAUGGAACACUGUCUUAUGCAAAUUAUGUUGGAGGAUCAUUUAACUGGCCUUCGAGGAUCAAUGGUGAAGGUGAGGACUGGGUGUACUACAGCAAUCGUAAAUCUGAUGUGGGGUGCUCGCAUAAUGAGGAUUCAAGUACAGCAGUCUCUGAGCCAUCAGUACUGCAAAGUUCAAAGCGCAGCUUGCUACCUUGGAGGAAGAGAAAGCUGAGCUUCAGGUCCCCUAAAGCCAAAGGAGAACCACUAUUGAAAAAAGCUUAUGGAGAAGAAGGUGGUGAUGAUAUCGAUUUUGAUCGUCGCCAGCUCAGCUCUGAUGAAUCUCAAUCUCUUGGGCGGCACAAAAGUGAGGAGGAUUCAUCUGCAAAUCGGUCGUCAGUUUCUGACUUUGGAGAUGACAGCUUUACGGUUGGCAGUUGGGAGCACAAAGAAGUAACAAGCCGUGAUGGACAUAUGAAGCUUCAAACCCAGGUCUUUUUUGCUUCCAUAGAUCAGCGAAGUGAGCGGGCAGCUGGCGAGAGUGCAUGCACAGCUCUAGUUGCUGUUAUUGCCGACUGGUUCCAGAACAACCAAGAUCUCUUGCCCAUCAAAUCUCAGUUUGACAGUCUGAUCCGAGAAGGUUCUUUAGAGUGGAGGAAUCUCUGUGAGAACGAGAUCUACAGGGAGAGAUUUCCUGACAAGCACUUUGAUCUUGAAACAGUCCUACAAGCCAAAAUACGCCCCCUUUCCGUAGUUCAACAAAAAUCCUUUAUUGGGUUCUUCCACCCUGAGGGAAUGGAUGGAGGCCGUUUCGAUUUUUUACACGGUGCCAUGUCCUUUGAUAACAUUUGGGAUGAGAUUAGCCGUGCUGCAUCGGAAUGUCUAAAUGGCGAACCUCAAGUGUAUAUUGUUAGUUGGAAUGACCAUUUCUUCAUCCUCAAGGUUGAACCAGAAGCAUACUACAUAGUUGACACAUUGGGGGAGAGGCUCUAUGAGGGCUGUGAUCAGGCCUACAUCUUGAAAUUCGACUCUAACACCGUAAUUCACAAGAUGUCAAGUGUUCCACAAGGAUCAGAUGACAAAACAGCCGGUGAUCAGCAGAUUGUAGCAGCAGCUGUUGAAACCAAGAACCAGAUAGUCGAUUCGAAGGAGGAGAGCGCCGUAGUAGAGGCAUCGGCAGCCAAGCCGGAGGAACCAAUGAAGGAGGAGGAGAUUGUUUGUCAGGGGAAAGAGGCUUGCAAAGAGUACAUAAAGAACUUCUUGGCUGCAAUUCCUCUAAGAGAACUGCAGGCGGAUAUGAAAAAAGGACUGAUGUCAUCCACCCCGCUUCAUCAAAGAUUGCAAAUUGAGUUCAACUACACUCGGUCCUUGCAACCACCGCGAGAUAUUCCAAUAGCAGAAGCGAUUGCAUUUACUCCACAAACCACAGAAGUUUCUAGUACAGAGGUUGUUGCUCCACAGUCCACGAUAUUUUCUAUAACAGAGGUUGUCCCUCCGGAAACCACGGAAGUUUUUCCUGUAGAGGUUGCUACACAAACCACCGAGGUUCCUAUGACCGAUGUUGCCAUGUAGAAUGUAAAUCUCCGGCAGUGUGUUCACUCUAACCUGUUUGUAUUUUAUUUUAUUUUUUUUAACGGACAUUUCUAAUGUGACCUGGGUUAACAAAGAGGAAAAGAGUUUAAAGCUUAUUCAGUGGCAUGAGAGGGUUAGGUUUGUGUCUCUUCUAAGUUAGAAAGAAUGGAAAUGAAAGUGUCUGUAAUUUUCCAAUUUUGAAUCUUGUUCUUUUCUUCUUAACUCUGGUGUGGCAACUUCCUUACAGUUGCUCUUGGAACUA